CCCAUAACAUUUUGGGCCACAUAUAUACUUUGUACAAUCAGCACCCCACACAACUCCACUGACGGAGAUCCUCAUAACUCCGUCGUCUUUCACAACAGCGACACUUCCUUAAAUGCAAAUUUAACCACCAUCGUCUCUGCAACUAAUUCCAAACACAAAUGGAACAAUCAGAAACUCGUAGCAUAGUAGUAGUUGUAGAAGACGUUGAGGUCGCACGGACCGCUAUGGUGUGGGCGCUUCACAACGUCCUCCGUUACGGCGAUUUAGUCACUCUUCUUCAUGUUUUUCCGGCGAUUAAUACCGCCGGAAGUAAGUCGCGCAACCGGAAGAAGAUCCGGUUGCUCCGAUUGAAAGGUUUUCAGUUGGCGCUUUCGUUUAAGGAUAUAUGUGUUCGUAGUUUUCCUAAUACGAAGAUAGAGAUUGUUGUUACGGAAGGAGACGAAGAAGGUGGAAGGAUUGCGGAUUUGGUGCGGCAGAUUGGGGCUUCCACUCUCGUCGUCGGUUUACAUGAUCAGAGCUUUCUCUACAGGUUAGCCAUGGUCCACAAGAACAUUGCUAACAACUUUAAUUGCAAAGUUCUGGCCAUUAAGCAACCUAAUUCACCAUUAACAACCAACACACCUGCAUUGUCAGAGAGCAGCUCAACUAGCAUGGACUUUUCUCAGAUUGAUAUUUCAACAUUGAGCAUACCUGAAGUUCCUCCACCCAAAAUCCCAUAUCAAGUAUGUCCAGAUCCAUCAGCAAUUAUAUGGAGAUCAAGAAGAAGAAGAAGAAAACAAUGAUUACUAAACAAGAUUAAUAUUAUAGCUAGCAUGCAUGGGGUCUGACUGGUAACGAAUACAGUGCGAAAUUCGUUCACUUCGUGUGGAUGUCGUUUGAAAAUUUGAACAAACACCAUAUCCAAACUGGAUAUUAACAUAUUUACUCUUCAAAAUCACGUCGUCUUAUGCUGUUUUUCAGCUCGUGGUAUUUUGCCUUUGCAAUUAUCCGGUGAAAUGAUUUGGUAUUUUUUAUAGGGGUGUCAAUUUAUUGUCUUCGUGUCACCAGCUGAACUAUGAUGGGAACCUGAAAUGAUGUAAUCAGGUUUUGGGUUGUUUGAUCUAAUCCGUUUGAUGAAAGAGUUGUGUUUGGGUUGACGUGUGUAA